UCAGACGUUAGACAGGAGAUGGCUCCGUGGAUAACGGGUGGUACUCAGACUACCGUUUAGCCAGCAAACACUGCACUGCGUUUUGAAUCAACAGAGAACACCGAACAACCUUGCAACAUGGGGUGCUGUUUUAGAAAACGGCAGGUUGAAGGUGCGGCCGAGUUAACGGAAAGAGACACAGCAAAGACAGGCGGCACAAGUGGUCAAGUAAAAAAGUCGGGGUUACAAUUUCAGGAAAUCGUCGACGGAGAAGUGUAUCUUCCGCACCAACAUAAGCCAGAUGAAGCGGUGCACUUCGGGGUUCGACUUGAUGACGUCGAUGGGCAACACGUCCUGUCAGAGACGGUGGAAAAUAGCCUGGCACGCGACGCAGGAAUUCACGAUGGCGACGUUCUCGUGGACAUCAACGGUACAAACAUUGAGGGGCGCCAAGUCCAGUAUCUUCUGGACCUUCUCCGUGAAGAAGUGAAGCACAGACUGCUUUUGACCGUAAAGCGCCAGUUGGAUGAGGAUAAGCACGUAUUCGUGUGGACUUAUUUCAAAGUUGUAGUAAAAGAAAACCAGCCGGAGGUGAAUAUUCUGUACUUGACUCAGACGGAUGAAGAUGUCAUGCCGUGGAUUAAUGUCGAUCCAAGCCAGCCGGCCGAGUAUGAGUGGGUGGGACCGCCCAUCGGUUCCUACGACAUAUACAUUGAUGAAACCACAUCACAUUAUCUGAGCCUGAGCAAUAAUAAUAACAGAGGCACAGUGGAAUUUGUGUCGAAACACAACCCGCUUACAUGUACGUUCUACAAGUAUAUCUUCGUGGGUCCAGGUGAACCAGAAAAUGGCAUUGUGGUUGUAUACUCGCUGCAGAAAUACGAGCAAUCAGUCACUGUGGAUGCCUUAACCACACCAGAAGCUAAAGCUAACUCUGAUGCCGAUCCCACGAUCGGUGUGACGGAUUUUCCACUGCCGAAAACAGGCACAACCAUUCCGGUGGACCCUCGUUUCUGGUACCAGAAGGAGAAUGCAGAUAAUGGUCUAUUUUCUCUGCAGAGCGUCGAGCAAAACGGUUGGUACGUGUCAAAGAGUACUUCGGGUGAUGAUGCCACUCUAUCAAAAACCGCACAGUAUUUCAAGAUAGUGCCAAGCUGAAUUGGAACAGUAAUUCCAAUGAGAGCGAGUGUUGGAUCGUACCCACCGUACAUCAUUUUUUUAAAGGUGCUGGUAUCGGCUAAUUUCUGUGAGCUUUCAUUGGAGGAAUUUGGUUAACGGGGAUGUAUACAACAUUUGCUUUUACUGUAAUUUUUAGAAAUAAAUGGAUUUGGAGGAAUAGUAUGUUAUAACAAAUAUUGUUACACUGGCUUGUUACACGUUUUGGGUUCGUGGAUGCUGAGAAAAAAAUCAAAGAACUUGCCAAUCAUUAUCUUGUAGUCUGGUUCCCCGAUCCCACUUAAGAAGUGUAACGGGUCGGAGAAUAAUUAUUAGUCUAGCAGGCUUGUACCCCUUCACAUGUGUGUAAUCAAUUGCAAAGAAAAUGCAGAAUAACUAAACAUGAAAAGUAGGAGCAGUUUUUGAAGAAAAAAAAACAGUUUUCUCCAACGCUGGUCUGCCGCGUUGGAAAUUGAUACAAAAAUACCACUAGGCCUAUAUUAACUAGACUGGUUCCCGCCCCAUUUAAAGCCAUAGAUUGAAUUACCUUUACGCGCGCAGCAUGAUUGUUUAUUUUUGAAUCAUUGUUUAGCUUUGUGCAUGGACGAUACUUGAACACAAUAAAAACCUCUUUUUAUUGAUAAAUCCCAGAGACACUUUCGAAUACAGCAAAAAUCGAAGCUCAUCACCACAAAACAAAUGAACGCCAUUUUGCAAUAGGCUGGUUCCGCGCAAACAUUACCAUUGUGAUUUUGAAUCCAGGAGGCGGGAUUCAGACCUAUGCACGUCCUGCAUAUAAUUUGCAUACAUUAUGAGGAAAGCCUCCUAAUAUAUUCAGGAUUCACUGUUAGCUACCUGUCCCUAUAUUCCGAAGGACAGUUGAGUGACAAGGAACCAGUCUUAACCUAGUAACGUGCGAACGUCUCCAGUGAACUAUGUGGGUCAAGACGUCUUCACGAAACAUCUUGAUAUUAGUUUAGUUCUUGAUCGAACUUGCCCAGUUAUAUUACCCACAAAAACAUUGGAUGUUGUGGUCACAUGAUGCCAUCUUUCAGCAAACUGUUCUUUCUGCACUGCAUGUGUAUCUUUUGAAACCUGAUUGGUGUAAAAGUGACGACAUAGGCCUACGCUGUUGAAUGUCAGCAAAAUAACUUGCAAAAGAUGCUUAAAUGUUUGGCUUGCGCGUCGGUUGCUCGUUGCUUGCCCGUCAGUAUGACGUCACGGGGCACAUGGUCUAGCGCCCUUUUUGACAAGGCGGUCGUGACGACUCGGACCAGUAUUGAGCGGAGACUAUACACAAUGUCCAGUGACGUCAUUCGAUCUGUAGUGAAUAUGCAUUAGGUCCAAUUUUGGGAGCCACUAGCAAGAGACACAGCUCAAUAAUGAUUGGCAAAUUUAUAUGCCAACAAAGUUGGUUGUAAGCAUGCAGUCCCACGAGCAGGGACGACCGCGAAAUUUGGCCAUUAAUGUGCAGUCUCCGCUCAAUUCGCAUCGCUGUCAAGUUCGCCGACUGUUUAAAUUAAUGUCAAUAGUCAAGGCGGUAUAAUUUGUGAAUUUUUAAACAAGGAGGCGCUCUGUCGUUUUAGAGCGCCAUUAAUAUUGUCAUCUAACUAAAUCGGUUGUACCUGAAUCUAUCACAAUUAGUCCUUAUCAAAAGUAUAUAUUAAUCCGAUUUCGUUAGAGAAGUGCAUAGCAUUGUUUUAAUCAUUAAUCUUGCUUGUAAAUGUGCGCGUAAAUCUUUCGUAUAGGCCUAAUCAUUUUUUUCGUAUUAUAGUAAGCAAUUACAAUUUUUAUGAGAAUUUCAUUCUGCGUUUAACUCGAUGAAUGUGUAUACAAUAUUGUGGCUGUGCCCCCCCCCCC